AGUGAAAUCCACGAUAUUAAUCCUUAAGAUAAUUUAAAUAAAAAUGAUUAACCAACCAUAAAUUCUGUUGAAUCGGUUUUUCUUAUGUACUUCAUAUCUGUAGCCGCUACAGUGAGGCUUUUAUAGGCCUUACUUAAUUAUCAUUAAAAGAACACAUGGAGUUUUAAAUCAAAGCAGGGCCUGGUCCACUAGAUGGCGCUGUCAGGCCGCAGCUCAGCCGCUCAUCCAGCCGCGGAGUGCAGGUAACGUUUCACGGUACCGCCUCUACCGUCGGUCCAGCCAACUUGGACAACAUGCCGCUUUCAUACAGACUCGUCACACCGCUGCAACUUUCUCUCCGUGUGUGUGUUGACUGAAAUGGUUAUCCGGAGCAUUUCCUCGACACAAACACACACACACACACACACACACACACACACCCCACAUGGUCGACGCUGAACCCUGAAACCUGAGAUGUGGACGCGACUCACCUGAGCGGACAGAAGAAACGCGAACUUCCAUACAAGCUGUGUUUUUUUUUGAGGAGUAUUAACCUUGGAUUUUACUAAAAAAUGGGAGUGCUGUGGAUGAACUCCGUCAUCUUCCUGGCGUGCUGCUCUGGAUUCGGGUUUGGGAGUCCAAACAGAUGCGACGAAGUGCGGAAAGUUUUCCAACUCAGACAAAUUGGACCAAAUCAAUUACUGCCUUUGAGCCCCAGACCAGGCUCAGACCUCCAGGUGUGUAUGUCCAAGAACCUGACCUGCUGCACCAAAAAGAUGGAGGAGAAGUACCAGGUGGCGGCCCGGAGAGACAUCCAGAACCUCCUCCAGACGUCCAGCUCCAGCCUCAAGUUCCUCAUCUCGCGCAAUGUGGCUGCUUUUCAAGAGACCUUUGAGGGCCUGAUGAGGCAGGCGGAGAAUCACACAAAUGCUGUCCUCCAGGAGUCGUACCGCAGUAUGGCUAAUCAGGCCGCAGGCCCGGUGCGGGAACUCUUUACUGAUAUUAGUCUCUUCCUGCUGGGGUCUGAAGUCAGCGUUGAUGACUUGGUGCAGCGAUUCUUCGACGCUCUCUUCCCGCUGGUCUACAAUCACCUCAUCAACCCCGGCCUCAGCGACAUCUCACCGGGCUACGCCGAGUGUGUAAGGUCGUCCAGCCGGGAUGUGAGACCGUUUGGUGGGGCGCCCGGCGUCCUGGCUGAUCAGAUUGCUCGCUCUGGGGUCUCCGGGAAACUUCUCCUUCAGGCGCUGCACCUCGGCAUCGAGGUCAUCAAUACUACAGACCACUUACAGCUGAGCCGCGAGUGCAGGCGGGCCCUGCUCAAGAUGCACUACUGUCCUCACUGCCAGGGCUUAACCCAGUCCAAGCCCUGCAUGGGUUACUGCCUCAACGUGAUGCGGGGCUGCUUGGCGAGCAUGGCGGAGAUUGACGCCCAUUGGAGGGAGUUUGUUCGCUCGCUGGAGGGCCUGUCGGCGCGCAUGCAGGGACCCCAGGAUCUGGAGCACGUGCUUCUGGGAGUUCACACGCUGCUUCACGAUGCUGUCGGGCAUGCUCAGAAAAACGGACCCCGUCUCUCAGCACAGGUGCAAAGACUGUGUGGCCCAGUGAGCAGGAAGCCUGCACAGUCAGUCAGCAUCCAGAGCAGCAGCAGCGGCAGCAGCAGCAGCGGCAGCAGCAGCAGCGGCAGCAGCAGCAGCAGCAGCAGCAGCAGCAGCAGCAGCAGCAGCAGCAGCAGCAGCCUGCCUCUUAAAGCUCCUGUCAGAAUAUCAGGAGACUCUCUCUCCGUCAGGAGGAGGGACUUUCUGAACAGUCUACGUCUCUACCGAACGUUCUACGGCGGCCUGGCGGAUCAGCUGUGUGUGAGCGAGCUGGCCUCUGGUGACGGGCUGGCCUGCUGGAACGGGACCGACAUCGUCAAAAGCUACACUCUCCGUGUGGUCGGCAACGGGAUCAAGGCUCAGAGCGCCAACCCUGAAGUCAAAGUGAAGGGAGCUGACCCUGUAAUAAAUCAGAUCAUCGACAAACUGAAACACAUCAAUCAGCUGUUGCAGGGAAAGUCCAUUCCUAAACUGGGGUCACUGGACCAGAUUGAAACAGGAAGUGGAGACGCAGAGGGACGUUACAGCGGGGACUGUGAUGAUGAGGACGGCUGUGGUGGUUCAGGUGGUGGCGAGGUUAAGAGGAAAGUCUCCAGAGUCUCCAAAUUGAGUCCAGAUGUGGCCGGUGAUCACAAACAUCAUCAUCAUCAUUAUCAUUAUCCACCUGCCGAGGAUGCAGAGACGGUGGGCAGAUCCAGGAGCCUUGGACUGACGGGGGCCAUCUGGGUCCUGAUACUGCCGUGUUUACAUAUGCUCCUGGCCUUGUAACAGCUGCCUUUUUGCAGCAUGGAACUUUCAAGACUUGACUUCAAGGUUAUUUAUCCAGAAAUGAAAGGGCGAGUGGCUGUAACAAGCUCCAAUAUGUAACGGAGCACCACUUCCACACAGUGCAGGACACGGUAGGAGUGAACACUAAUGAUCUUGUGGAAGGUACGAGACACUGUGGUUCAUGUAAGACAGCAUAUGGUCCAGCUUUGCAAAUAUGAUUAUUUUUUACCUGACAUUCAUUAACACUAAUAAUGACUUAUUUAUAACAGCCAAUGUCAAGAAUAACUAAAACAAGUUGUAAAAGUUUGGUAUUAAUUUAACUGUAUUCUACCGAUAAUAUAUAUGAUCUGUAGAUAUAUAAGCAUUAAUUUGCAUCUGCAUAUCACACUGUAAUGCACAGUAAGGGCUGUACUGCUUUUAAGUGAGGUUUUUAAAACUGCUGUGAAAGGAGUCAAGUAAUCUAAUAGGUUACUUUUGAUGCUGGAUGUGAAAUCAGUCGCAAGAUUUGUACAAGCCCAAAUUAAAAAGGCCUGUUUAUCCUUAUAACAUCCUACAAAACUGUUUUAAGAGAUGUUUUUCUUACAAAAGUGCUUCAGAUUUGAUCAUUGCAGGCCGUGUGGUCUGGUUCAUUUUGCUAAAAAGUAAAAAUAAUUCAAGACAUCUGCUUUUUUAAAAGCUGCGAUUCAGAGUCCAUUUAAUUGGCAUAUUUCAAUUGCAAAAAAUUGACCUGUUCUGCUACUGCAGAGAGAAAUAGUGAAAGGAGAGGGCCGGGCAGGUGGAAGUUGGAGGCAAGUAAGAGAAUUCAUACUCCUUUCUUCUUUAGGAAUAGAUUAGUUUCUUCAGGAGUCUAUUAUCAUCUUUCAAACUCAAUCCUCCUCUGCCUUUAUAGGCCUGGAUGGGAGCUGAUAACUCCUGGAGCCACUGGUGAGGAAGAAUCCAAUUGCUCCUAUACUACCUGACUGCUUACGGCUGCCGUGUUGCUGGCAGCCGUCUGUGCAGAGGAAAAGGAAAAUGAUUUGUUUCACAUAUGCCAUGCAUGUCCGGUCAAUGGCUGAGAGAGAAAAGUCCUCAGCGGUACCGAUAAUUGGUUCCUUGGCACACAUAUGCUGGCGAAACUACUUGUAGAGCCAAAAAAAUAAUCCUAUUGAGAUGCUGCAGAAGGUGAAAUGAUACUCUUUAAACCACAUGUUACCAUUCAUAUACAGCAUAUAUAUGAAUACUUGUCCCAAGUGGGGAUUUUGAGCUGCAGCAGGCAUAAAAAUGCACAGAAAAACAUGCACCAUGAAAUAUAUCAUUGAAACACACAGCAUAUCUAUACAUUCAUACUACAGGAAUAAAGAAGAAAAUCAAUAAAGCUGCUACUGUAAAUAUACAACAGUAUAAGAAUUAGCUUAAAUAUUCAAUUAAGGCUCAAAACAGCCAAAGGCACAACCUCCUCAGGUUCUCUGUUUGAUCACAUAUGAUGUGAUUUGAUCAUAGUCUGCGACCUUCCUCACGCUGCAGUUGUCCUAAAGCAUGCAUAAUAAGUGUUGCCAUUAGUCAUUUUCACCUUUAAUAUACCAGGUGAGACUUUUAUCAUGAUAUAAAGUCAAGGCUGUUUGAGCUUCUGAACCACUCGAGUAGCUUGGAGCUUUUUCAACCACAGUCUCAAGGUUUCUAAAUGAUAACUUUGACAUGAAUUAUACUCAUCAUUUCUUACUCUUCAGUGAAUUUAAUGGCUUGGAUAUGAGACUCUUGUUUUGGGGCGAGUCUCCAAGAUGACAAUAGUCACUGCUCACCAAACAUAACACAGUUGUUUAACUACAUAACAAGUCACGACUGUCUCCCCCCCCAAACCAAUUAUAUCACAAGUCGCCACCAUUAAAGUCGAUGCUACUGUCAUUUGAACAGCCGUGUUAAUGGCACUAUUAAAGAACAGUGUUCAGGCUCUAACUAGAUGACAGGCAGCAGGCGCAGAGACAAAGGUGCCUUGAGGCUAAAUAUAAGAUGUCAGGUUAUACUGGCUCCCCUGUACUUAAAGGAACGAGUUCAAUUUGAUGUCUCGUGUGAUUAUUAUAGCUCCGUGUUGAGACAGUUAUCCAGAGGAGGGAAGAAAAGGGGCCAGAUGCUGAUGAGGAUGAUGCCGAUGUCGUGACGAUGUGCACCCACAUCCAGACAGGUGUCACCCUGCAGGCAUUGCAAUGUGUCAAACUCUUAAAUAACAUGUUUACUCACUAAUAUUGUGUUUGGGGAGUGAAUGUGUCAUUUGAAAAGGAAAUUACUGUGAUGCAACCACGAUUUGAGAUGCUGUGUAAAAGGUGCAGCAAAUUCAGAGUUUAUACAAAAAUAAAGUUUAACAGUUCAAACAUUAACUGCUUAAAGUCCACCUGGCCUGGUAGGCUUAGGGUUAGGAAGGGUUCAGAUUUGACCAAAAAUCAUUUGAAACUGUAAACUUUAAGGCCAAAAUGCAUCUAUGAGGCUAGAUUUGAAAGGUAACAUCUUCUAGUUUCUGCAGUUGUGCUUAUAGCCUGUGGCUAAAACACAACCAAAACUUUCACUGUCAUAAAGGAUCAGCAAAUUAUCAAUUUUUGUUGUCUUAGACGUUUUAUGUCCCAACUUUUUUUAAACUGGGGUUGUACGAGUAGCUCUUUUGACCCAGGCUU